AAGCGACGAUGUGUUUCGGAGGAGAAGUGUGACGCCCGCGCCCCGCCACGCGUGAAUCAGCGGGCGGGGACCGUACGUGACGUGUUGGCGCGCGGCGGGGCGGGAGGCAGUCUGCCGGCUGGAGCGGAGCGCGCAACUGCUGCCGCGGAGGACGAAGCAGCCCGGACCUCGGCAACCAGCAGCGCAGCGGGCCCUCGCCCAGGAAGACUGAAACGACAACAUGAAACCCGCCAAGAAAGAACUUAAUCCUAAUCCAAUCCAAAACGCAAACAUUUUUUCCAAACUUUUGCUUUGGUGGAUGAAGCCAGUCCUCUGGACAGGACACUCGAGAGACUUGCAGCAAGCAGACUUGUUCGAUGUGCUGGACUCGGACCGCUCGUCGCACCUCGGAGAUCUCCUGGAGAGGCAAUGGACCAAAGAAUUGAAUACUUCAAAGAUGAAAGGAAAGGAUCCAAGUUUGUUGAAAGCGAUCGUUAGAACAUUCGGCCCACAGUACAUGUUCAGUGGGUUACUGAGUCUCAUAUUCAGCGUUGUGACCAAGGUGGCGCGCCCCGUGCUGCUGGGCAAGGUCAUCGAGUUCUUCGCCGCCGGCGGCUCCAUGUCGCAGCAGGACGCGCUGCUGUGCGGCGGCGGCAUGGUGCUGCUGGGCUUCGCCUCGCAGCUGCUGGAGCAGCACGCGCUCAUGAGCGCCGGCUUCGUGGGCAUGAGGGUGCGCAUAGCCUGCUGCUCGCUCAUGUUCAGGAAGGUCAUGAAACUGAGCAAGACCUCGUCACGACAGACGACCACAGGUCAUCUGGUGAACCUCAUGUCGAACGACGUCAAUCGCUUCGACAUGGCCAUGCCGUUCCUCCACUUCAUAUGGAUCGCGCCUUUGCAAGUCAUCGUGGUGACGUACUUCCUGUGGCGCUCCCUCGGCGUCUCUGCGUUCGUGGGGAUCGCCUUCAUCUUCCUACAGACAGUUCCUGUGCAGAGCGUUAUCAGCAAGCUGAUCGCUGACUUGAGAGAGAAGACUGCUGUGAAGACUGACGAACGCAUCAGACUGAUGAACGAAAUAAUAACAGGAGUGCAAGUGAUCAAGAUGUACGCUUGGGAGAAGCCAUUCGCGGGACUGGUGUCCGUGGCUAGGAGAAUUGAAAUGCGAUUGGUUGGAAAAGCUUCAUAUCUGCGGGCGGUCAACCUCGCGUUCAUGGUGUUCACUGAGAGAACAGCCCUGUUCUGCACGAUCUGGGUAUACUACUUGUUUGGGAACAUCAUCACGUCCGAUCAGAUGUUUUCAAUGGGCCAAUUUUUCAACGUUUUGAACCUGACACUAGCCAUUUUUUACCCAAUGGCACUGUCAUCAGGUGCUGAAGCGAAAGUAUCCGUUGACAGAGUGCAAGAAUUCCUUCUGCAAGAAGAGAGGAGUGAGGGAUUGCCUGUAAUUCAUAACAUAAGCACGAACAAAGAUAAGAAAAGGCCUAUUGGAGUAACAAUAACGAACGCUCAAGCAAAAUGGGAAGUAACAAAAGAUAGUGACACCCUUCACAACAUAUUUCUGAAUGUGAAGCCUGGCAAACUUUGUGCUAUCAUCGGUCCUGUUGGAUCUGGAAAGAGCUCGCUCCUGCUCUCGAUCCUGGGCGAGCUGCCCCUGCUCAGAGGGAGUGUCGCGGCAGACGACUCGCUCUCGUACGCCUCGCAGCAGCCCUGGCUGUUCGUAGGCUCCGUCAGGCAGAACAUCCUGUUCGGGGAGGCCUUCGACAAGAGGAGGUACGAGCAGGUGGUGCGAGCGUGCGCGCUGCUCAGGGACUUGGAGCUGCUGCCUCACGGCGACAAGACCAUCGUCGGCGAGCGAGGGGUGUCCCUGAGCGGCGGCCAGAGGGCGAGGAUCAACUUGGCGAGGGCGGUGUACAGGAGCGCUGAUCUGUACCUGCUGGACGACCCGCUGUCCGCCGUGGACACACACGUGGGCAAGCACCUGUUCGACCAGUGCAUCAGGACCUACCUGAGGGGCAAGACUGUCGUCCUGGUGACCCACCAGCUGCAGUACCUCAAGGACGCUGACAUGAUCGUCAUCCUGAAAGAUGGUAAGGUAGAGACGCAAGGGACAUACUAUGAAAUGCUAAACAGUGGACUUGACUUUGCCAAACUACUACCCGCGGAAAACGAGAAUACUGGUGUAGGAGAAGAUGACAACGAUGCUCCAUAUGUGAUUCUACCAAGUAAAGCAUACUUCAGAAGACAGGCAUCUUUGUCGGUCAAGUCUACAACGAGCAGUUACCUCGCGGAUGGGCUCAUUGACCCUGAGGUGGAGGAGGAAUCGCAGACAAUUGGCUCCAUCAAGUGGGACACAUACCUGAGCUAUGCCAGGGCAGGAGGAAACACGUGUUUUCUCUUGCUAGUGACUUUCGUAGUGCUCGCCACUCAGGUGGUCAUCAGCGGUGUGGACUUCUGGGCCAGUGUCUGGACAACAAUGGAAGAGGAAAGGCAAACAUUCCAGUACGAAACCGACACCAAUGAGACUGGUUUAGUCGUGGACUUUGUAUCUUCGUACUUCUCGAUCAGCACGGUUGAAUCGUUGCAGAUAUACGGCGUCUUGACCGCCACGUGUCUGGUCAUCGUGCUGAUGCGGCUGAUGCUGCUGUUUCACUUGUGCGUGCGGUCGUCAGUCAGGUUGCACGACACCAUGUUCGAGAAUGUUCUCCGCGCGAAGAUGAGGUUCUUCGACACCAAUCCUUCUGGGAGGAUCCUCAACAGGUUCUCCAAGGACAUAGGAGCGCUUGACGAGUUGCUGCCGACUGCGCUCUCGGACGUCAUAGAGAUAUUUCUCUUGAUGAUGGGUAUACUAAUCAUGAUCCUCGUAGUCAACUACAUAAUGAUUGUGCCAAUGAUUGUUACCGUCUCACUGUUCGUGGGAAUGAGAGCCAUAUACAUAUCAACAGCAAGAAGUGUCAAACGGCUGGAAGGAAUCACUCGAAGUCCAGUCUUUUCGCAUCUUUCGUCUUCGAUUAACGGCUUGUCGACUAUACGAGCCAGCCAAGCGCAGGGAGCGACCUGCAGCGAGUUUGACGAAUACCAGGACAGACACACGUCCGCCUGGUACCUGUUCGUCGCGUGUAACACCGCCUUCGGCUUGUGGCUGGACAACGCCAGCAACUUGUUCAUCGCCGCCAUCACCUUCACGUUCCUGCUGUCGCCCGCGGGCACGUUCGGCGCGGCGGUGGGUCUGGCGCUGUCGCAGGCCCUCAUGCUCACGGGCAUGGUGCAGUACGGGGUGCGGCAGUCCACCCAGCUGGUGAGCCAGUUCACCUCCGUGGAGCGGGUGCUCGAGUACACGCGGCUGGAGCAGGAGCCCGCGCUUGAGUCGCCGCCCGAUAAGAAGCCUCCAACUAGUUGGCCAGAGGAGGGCUGUAUAAGCUUCCUGCGCUUGUCGCUGAGAUAUAGCGAGUCAGACCGCCCGGUUCUCAAAGACCUGGACUUCACCAUCCUUCCUACACAAAAGGUGGGAAUAGUUGGCCGCACGGGAGCCGGCAAGUCGUCUCUCAUCUCGGCCCUGUACCGCCUCGCCGACCUGGAGGGCACCAUCACCAUCGACGACGUGGACAUACAGUCUAUCGGUCUGCACGACCUGAGGCGACGCAUCUCCAUCAUCCCUCAGGAGCCGGUGCUGUUCUCAGCGUCUCUGCGGGACAACCUGGACCCCUUCCAAGAGUUCGGCGACCACCAGCUGUACAGUGCGCUGGAGGAGGUUGAGCUGAAGGAUUCAGUUGGUUCUCUGGACUUCCAAAUAAGCGAAGGAGGAGCUAACUUCAGUGUCGGCCAGAGGCAGCUCGUGUGCUUGGCUCGCGCCAUUCUCAGGAACAACAAGAUACUGGUUCUGGAUGAAGCUACUGCGAAUGUGGAUCCACAGACUGACGCACUCAUCCAGAGGACGAUAAGGCACAGGUUCAGGGACUGCACGGUGCUCACCAUCGCCCAUAGACUCAACACCAUCAUGGACUCUGAUGCUGUGCUCGUGAUGGAUGCAGGCAUGAUCAUGGAAUACGGCCACCCAUACACGUUGCUGCAAAACAAGUGCGGCUACUUUUACAAGAUGGUGGCGGAGACCGGCUCGGCCACAGCGCUGCAGCUGCAUCAGACAGCAGCGCAGGCGUAUAGAUCCGCACAAUGUGAAGUGUCUGAACCAGAAGUCGAAGAGGUAACAAGAUUGUAGAAAAAGUCUCAUGUUCUAUACUGCCUGUGAUAUACUGUGAUAAUUUAUUACUUUUUUAAUUGUUUCGUAAACUGUUUUUUUUACCAAGAAGGUAGAAUAAAAACAUUUGAAAGUC